ACCGUUCAGGUGCAGUGGACCCCUCUCUGGUCUCGUACGUCACUUCCUUUUAGUGUGAGUCUGCGGGGCCGCUGUACUGUCUGGCUGGGACGGAGGGCUUCAGUGCUAACCUUAUUAAACUCCAAAGAGGCGUUUUCUUUUCUCCUGGAUUGUUCUUUUUAAUUACUUGUCAUCGCAUUUACCUGCCCGGCACUUCGCACCUUAGUGGAAUCUGUUCCCUGGUCUGUUCACACACGUUUCAACAGAGCACUGCAGCAGCGACUUGAGCAAGCACGCCGCCGCUACCGCUGUUGUUGUCAGAGAAGAAAACAAGCUCGGCGAGCAGUCCGCUAAGCUGUGUGAUCAUUGACAGAGUUCAAUACACACACGCUUCCAGUGAUAUCUGAGGGUAGCUCUGCGAUAGCGUAGCUCCGAGCCUUUUCAAAGAAGCGACGGCUGGGACUUCUUCGUUGUCACUCAAGCCGAGGUAUUUCUUUCUUUUUUUGUUGUUGUUAUCUGAGCCACAGUGAGGCACUUGACCAAUAAGAACAGCUUGCACAAUUUCCACCAACCUGUCUGCAGCCCCCUCCCUACCCAGACAGUCUUCUGCCCCAGCAUGAAUGAAGUCAGUGUUGUGAGAGAGGGAUGGCUCCACAAGAGAGGUGAAUAUAUUAAAACAUGGCGUCCUCGUUACUUCAUCUUAAAGAGCAAUGGCUCCUUCAUUGGCUACAAAGAGAAGCCUGAGGUGUCCAGUGACCACAACCUCCCACCACUCAACAACUUCUCUGUCGCAGAGUGCCAGCUGAUGAAGACGGAGCGCCCCAAGCCCAACACGUUUGUCAUUCGGUGUCUGCAGUGGACCUCCGUUAUUGAGCGGACUUUCCAUGUAGACAGCAAUGAGGAGAGGGAGGAAUGGAUGCGAUCGAUCCAGGCGGUAGCAAACAGCCUGAAGAGUCAGCAGCAGGAUGAGGAGCCCAUGGAGAUCAAAUUUGGCUCCCCGAGUGACAGCAGUGGCAUGGAGGACAUGGAGAUUGCUGUGUCCAAAUCCCACACAAAAGUGACUAUGAGUGACUUUGACUACCUGAAGCUUCUGGGCAAAGGGACAUUUGGUAAAGUGAUCCUGGUGAAGGAGAAGGCCACAGGGAUGUACUAUGCCAUGAAAAUCCUGCGCAAAGAAGUUAUCAUUGCUAAAGAUGAGGUGGCACACACAGUUACAGAAAGCCGAGUUCUCCAAAACACACGGCAUCCUUUUCUAACGACACUAAAAUAUGCAUUUCAAACACACGACCGGCUAUGCUUUGUGAUGGAGUAUGCAAAUGGAGGAGAACUCUUCUUUCACUUAUCCCGGGACAGAGUAUUCACAGAAGACAGGGCUCGAUUCUAUGGUGCAGAAAUAGUGUCAGCACUGGAGUACCUUCAUUCACGCAAUGUAGUUUACAGGGACCUGAAGCUGGAGAACCUCAUGUUAGACAAGGACGGCCACAUAAAGAUAACAGACUUCGGCUUGUGUAAAGAAGGGAUCACAGACGGCGCCACCAUGAAAACCUUCUGUGGAACCCCGGAGUACUUGGCACCAGAGGUGCUGGAGGACAACGAUUAUGGUCGAGCAGUGGACUGGUGGGGAUUGGGUGUAGUGAUGUAUGAGAUGAUGUGUGGCCGAUUGCCUUUUUACAACCAGGACCAUGAGCGCCUCUUUGAGCUUAUCCUAAUGGAGGAGAUCCGCUUCCCCAAGAACCUGGCUCCUGAGGCCAAGGCCCUGCUGGCAGGCCUGCUUAAAAAAGAUCCCAAACAGAGGCUCGGAGGUGGUCCAGACGAUGCCAAAGAAGUGAUGAGCCACAAGUUCUUCACCUCCAUUAACUGGCAGGAUGUCAUUGACAAAAAGCUUAUUCCACCCUUCAAGCCACACGUAACGUCUGAGACGGACACGCGCUACUUUGACGACGAGUUCACAGCACAAUCUAUUACAAUAACUCCUCCAGACAAGUAUGACAGUUUAGACGUAGAGGAUUCAGAUCAGCGUACUCACUUCCCUCAGUUCUCCUACUCUGCCAGCAUACGGGAAUGAUCCCUCAGACUUUUGAAUGAGCAGGCAGGCUGACACACGAUCACAAUCCCACAUACACACUUGCACUGCUGAGGAAAUUUGAACGACACCAACAAUUUAAAAAAAAAAUAAAUAAAGGAAAAAGAAAGUGGCACAAGA